AUGAAAACCGAAAUCAGCACUGCGGAUUCCCUUCGUGAUCCUCCCUCUAAUGGUCUAAAGGCCGACUCUGAGCUGGUUAUCAGAGAGGAUAUAGACCAAUUUUUGCCUUCGGAAGUAUCUUCGUUGGGGUCAGAUCACCAGAAUGAUGGUGAGGAUUCAGACACUGACAGUGACAACUUUUUGCAAGACCCUGAAGACGAUGUGGAUGAAGAAAGCACUGGUAGAGGUACAGUCACUACCACUUCCACAUCCACUGAGUCAAGAGGCCGUCCAUCUUCUUGUAUCUUCGUGGCAAGCUUAGCAGCAGCCCUAUCCGAUGACGAAUUAUGUCUGUCGGUGACUGAAAAUUUCAAAAAAUACGGUGAUUUGGCUAGAGUUAAAGUUUUGCGUGAUAACGCAAAUAGACCUUAUGCUUUUGUUCAAUACAACAACGAUCAUGAUGCUAAACAUGCUCUGAUCCGCGCUCAGGGUACUUUAUUAAAUGGCAGAAGGUUGCGUUGUGAACCUGCAAAAGUGAACAGGACAUUGUACUUGAAAAACCAGCAAAGUAUUGAUUUCAACGAGAUCAGUCAAAUUUGUGAAAAAUUUGGUGGUUUGGAACAGAUUGUUCCUGAUAGAACUGAUAAUCAAUACACGAGAAGAUAUACUUAUCCGAUAUCUUCGGCAAAUUCUUGGUUUGUUCAAUUCGUUUACAGAGACGAUGCAAUCAGAGCUUAUGCGAAUUUACGAACUGAUCCCAAUUGGAUCAUCGAAUGGGCACAAAAUAUAAACGUCCCAAAAAAUUAUAACCUUUUACACAAAAGCAAAUUCAAAAGUUCCAAAUACCAUCAAAACAACGGUAUUAUCAAUAACGAUGGUAGUAACAACAACGAUAAUAAUAAUAGUAAUAAUAAUAAUAGAGAGGAUUCAAGGAGGAAUGGCGACGUUAUAGAAGAGGAGUGCGGACAUGUGCAUGGUAGUGAUUCAGAGGAAAAAUUGACAAGCGAUGGUAUUUAUGACGACGAAGAUAAAGAUUCCGAGAUCACCAUUGAUAAAAGAUCCAUUUUCGUGGGUCAAUUAGACAAAGAAACCACCAGAGAGGAAUUGAAUAGAAGAUUUUCCACUCAUGGUAAAAUCCAAGAUAUUAAUUUAAUCUUCAAGCCAACAAACAUAUUUGCGUUUAUUAAAUAUGAAACCGAAGAAGCUGCUGCUGCUGCUUUGGAAAGUGAAAACCAUGCAAUUUUUUUGAAUAAGACAAUGCAUGUUCAAUAUAAAGAGGUAGGUGGUCGUCACAACAGGAAGUUCUCUGGUAAGAACGGUGGCAGCAACUUUAACCAUCAUCAGUUUUUUAGCACCAGAUCGGGCAAAACAUUUACAGGGCCAGAACUGAACUUAGCACCACCACCAAUCAACAUGUACAGGAAAAUGAGCGGCGGAUCCCAGCAGGAAAGCGAAACUAUGAUGCCAUACAUGCCCAUGGGGCCCAUGCCCAUGGGGCCUCCACCACCAAAUGCAGCAAGUCUCAGUGAUUUUGAUAUGUUCCCCCCAAGUUACUCCACGUUUAUGAAGGGAAUGAUGCCAUUGAGGCGUAAAUCUAUGCCCAAUUCUUGGUCAUCCCCUUCUUCAAAGAGUGUGAACUCUGAAAAUGAAAGUGUUAAUGGUGGUGAUGAGAAUUCCGAAUUGCCUUCCGAAAUUCCUGAAUCAUCUGGUAGAUAUAAUGCUGCUAAUUCCUUUACCACAUAUAAUAAUUCCUCAGCAGGAAACUCUAACAACAACAACAACAACAACAACAGUAACAGUAAUAAGUCUCAAUAUAAAAAGCGCUAUGCAAGGAGGUCAAGCUACGGAUACAAUGAAGUACCUCCAAAACCAUACUAUUUCCAGCCUUAUUACUAUCACCCCAUGCAAUACCAUAUGGGCCCAAUGGGCCCAUUGCAUCCUUCUCAAGGUUCUGCUGGAAAUCACCAUCCAUAUAUGAUGGUUUAUCCCAUGUCACCACCUCCGCCUUCUGGGUUAGAUGGAAGCAUGAUCCCUCCUCCAAUAAAUGUAAGCCAAUCACAUGCUGCUAAUCAUGGCAGUACCCAUGUUCAUGCGAACGAAUUCAUAUCAAACGAUACUGGUGACAUAAAUGAAGAUAACAAAGCUUAUAGUUUAGAUUACUAA